GUCUCCCUCGGCUUCGAUUCUGUUCCAUUCAUUUCCUCUCCAUUUUCUAUAUACAAAUAAAAUCAAAAUCAGUAGUUGAAUCUUAUUUUUUUUAAAAAUUAUUAUUUAUUUAAUCACUGCUUAGCAGUUACCACAGUGGCUAUUAGCUUCAAAACUCUACGAUUUUUGGGCUUUGAUUGUUUGUUGUUUAGCAGAAACAGAUGCCGAUCUCAGCGGAUCUAUCGGAGGUAGUUGGAAGACCGGUGUGCAGAAAUGGAGUUUGGCAUGAUGAAUUGCUUCCUGUUAUCAAUGAUGACCAUGGAGGUGUCAUUAUAGAAAUGAAGGAGCAUAUGGACACUGAAACCUUUCUUGCCAUGCUCAGAGCUUCCAUGUUGCAGUGGAAGCAACAGGGUAAAAAGGGAGUUUGGAUUAAAUUGCCUAUUGGACUCAUACAUCUAGUCGAAACUGCAGUGAAGGAGGGGUUCAGAUACCACCAUGCUGAGCCAAGUUACCUCAUGCUCGUGUUCUGGAUUCCUAAGACCCCUAGCACUAUCCCUGGAAAUGCAACACACCGAGUAGGUGUUGGUGCAAUUAUCUUGAAUGAUAAAAGAGAGGUGCUCGUAGUUCAGGAAAAGAGUGGUCUUCUUCAAGGAACAGGCAUAUGGAAAAUUCCUACUGGGGUUGUUGAAGAGGGCGAGGAAAUUUUUGUGGCAGCAAUGAGAGAAGUAAAAGAAGAGACAGGAAUUGACACAGAGUUCGUGGAGGUCCUAGGAUUCAGGCAAACACACAAGUCUUUUUUCGAGAAGUCAGAUCUAUUUUUCAUAUGCAUGUUGCAUCCACUAUCCUUUGACAUACAGAAGCAAGAGCUGGAAAUUGAGGCAGCCCAGUGGAUGCCAUUUGAAGAAUAUGCAGCUCAGCCUUUUGCCCAGAAGCAUGAGCUUUUCCGAUACGUUAAUGAAUUAUGCUUAGCAAAGGUAGACAGAGGCUAUACUGGGUUUUCUCCUCGGCCUACUGUAUCAAUUUUCAGCGAUCAUUCAUCUUUCCUUUAUUUGAACAAUCAGGACCUGGACAAGUCAAGGUCUGUGAAAAACCCUGAAGAGCAAAACUAGGUCGAUUAUAUACGAUUGAGUUUACUAGGAAACUCUAUUAGUUUUUUUACCUAUUUAUUGACCCCUUUUUCUCCAUCCUCUCUUUAUCUCUUUCUGGUAAUAAAAAAAAAGCAGUGGUGGCAAAAAGUUCUUGGUCU